AUAAAUUCAGUACCUCUCGGCGCUUUGGUCGGUACAGUUGGUAUUAUACUUUGAUACAGUUAAGUGAUUAAGUGUUGAGAAAUCACUUGAUUACAAUCCUUUAAAGUUAGUGUUUACAAUAAAAAAGUCACGUUAUAUUAAUAACUUAUAAUAAUUCAAAUAAUAAAUAAAAAACAAAAAUUCGUGCGUGAUAAAAAAUGGCUGAAAGUAAAGGUGCGUUAAUUGCUAAAACAGUGCAAAAACACGCUGGCAGAGCUAAAGAGAAGUUUCUUCAAAAUCUUGGCAAAGUAGACAGAACGGCAGAUGACAUAUUUGACGAGCACCUUCAAAACUUUACACGUCAACAAAAUGCAGCUAAUAGACUUCAGAAAGAAUUCAAUAAUUAUAUCAGAUGUGUUAGGGCUGUUCAAGCAGCAUCCAAAACCCUUAUGGAUUCCCUUAACGAGAUUUAUGAAAGUCAAUGGACAGGACACGAUUUAUUAUAUGUUCAAGCACAAAGUUUAGAUGUGCUAUGGCAAGAUUUUACUCAUAAACUUGCGGAUCAAGUUCUUGUGCCUCUCAAUACAUAUCAAUGUCAAUUUCCUGAAAUGCGGAAAAAAAUUGACAAACGUGGCCGUAAAUUGGUAGAUUACGACGGGCAAAGACACAACUUUCAAUCAUUACAAUGCAAUCCAAAGAAGCGUGACGAGACUAAAGUAAUGAAAGCUAAAGAAUUAUUAGAUGAGGCUAAACGAACUUACGAGCAACUCAACUCAGAGCUUCAUGAUGAACUACCAGCUCUUUAUGAUUCACGUGUACUUUUCCUCGUCACCAAUUUGCAGACUCUUUUUGCAGCUGAACAAGUAUUUCAUGUGGAAAGUGCCAAGGUUUACUCAGAAUUAGAAGCGAUCGUUGAUAAACUUGCGAAUGAAAGUCAAAGAGGAUCUUAUACAUUAAAAAAGAACUCGGAACCACAAUCACCAAAAUCUCCAAACGCAAACUCAUCACUGAUAAUCAACACGCAAUCACCGUCUCAAAACAAUAUUUCACCUGCUCUCGAAGAGAAGACAAUCGAGAAACGAAAUUCGUCGCCUACAACUCAAUUGAACGGCAAUGCAAAUAGUAAUGCUAACAGCAAUGAUAAUUCAAUAAAUAAUCAAGAUGUAUCGCCACAAGAUUCAGUCGCACCCGUUAAACGGGUCGAGGAAUUGUACGAUAUACCAGUAGACGUGGAAUAUGAAAAUGGUACGAAUUUUUCUAUAGGAGCGACUACUGAAAACCUGCCGCCAGGAGUUUUGUACAGGGUCAAGGCUACUUACAAAUACGGACGUGAAGAUAUGGAUGAACUAUCAUUUGAUGUUGGGGAAAUUAUACAAGUUAUCGAAUAUGAUGAUCCUGAAGAACAGGAGGAAGGAUGGCUGAUGGGAGUCAAAGAAGGUACCAAUGAAAAAGGAAUGUUUCCAGCAAAUUUCACGAAGCCUCUGUGAACAAAAAUCUUAAUUUGCGACGUACACUCCAAUGCUCACAACCAGCGUAUUUAACAAUAAGGUAUAACAUGUAUUAAAAAAAAAAAAAAAUACUAAAAUCGUGGAUUCAAAAACGAUCGAGGACUGCGUAAACGGAAAAUGUGUCGAUACAAAAUAAUACGAAUCCAUAAAAAAUAAAUAAAAUAAAAAAAAAUGUUAGUUAUAAAGAGAAUUGAUGACGAAGAUCAACUUGAAGGUUUUAAUUAAAAUGCAAAGGAGAGGAUUAUUUGCUGGAGGCUGCUUACUGCGGAUCAUGUCAAAGAUUAAUCAGUCGCAAAGUGCCUUAAAAAUCCAGCCCAAUAUCUGUGCCAACAAUCACUGCUUGUAUGGAAAUAAUUAUCAUCCUCUCAUACUCUAUAUACAUAUAUAAAUAUACAUCACCGAUAAUCAAAUAAAUUUUUGGUAUAUUUGAUUUUAAUUUUAUAUUAUAAAUACAAUUGAUUUAGAAAACUAUAAAAUUUUAAAUGGAGUUGUAUGAAAGAGCGAGCGAACGAAUUAUAUAUUAAGUCUUUCAUAGCUAAUUAUCUAUUUUAAUUAAUUAACACGCGGGGAAAUA